AUCAAUAUUUCUUUAAAUAUUAUAGCAAAAUAAGAUGCAAGCUUUUCUAAAAACAGGUAAAAUAUCAGCAGCAGACAAGCCGUCGUCGUCUGGAAUAAAGACCUCAACUAAAAAGAAACCACCGGCACCAUGGGUCGAAAAAUAUCGGCCGAAGACUAUAGAUGACAUAGUGGAUCAGGGGGAAGUAGUACAAGUUCUACGGGAAUGUUUGUCAGGAGGCGACUUGCCUCACUUAUUAUUUUACGGACCUCCUGGAACAGGGAAGACAAGUGCUAUUCUUGCUGCAGCUCGGCAACUGUUUGGGGACAUUACACGUGAUCGUGUGUUAGAGCUCAAUGCAUCCGACGAGCGUGGUAUCCAGAUAGUGCGGGACAAAGUGAAGGCAUUUGCUCAACUUACUGUUAGCGCCACUAGACCUGAUGGUAGACCAUGCCCUCCAUACAAGUUGGUUAUAUUGGAUGAGGCUGACUCUAUGACAACAGCAGCGCAGGCAGCUUUACGACGCACAAUGGAGCGCGAAACACGUACAACUAGGUUUUGCUUGAUCUGCAACUAUGUGUCAAGAAUCAUACCUCCAAUCACAAGCAGAUGCUCAAAGUUUAGAUUCAAGCCACUUGCAAGGGAAAAUGUUAUUAAAAGACUGCGAGAAAUAUGUGAGGCUGAAGGUGUUGAUGUUGGCGAAGGUGAUGUGCUCCAUCAGGCUGUGGACACGUGUGAGGGGGACCUGCGUCGUGCUCUCACGGCACUGCAGUGUUGCCAGCGAUUAUUAGGGAAAAUUACUGCAGAUGGACUUAUUGAGGUGACAGGGCUGGUACCUGAACAGAGUGUCAAUGAAUAUUUGAGUGUCAAGAAUUACGCUGAACUCGAAAAGUUUGUUGAUAAAUUCCUAAUGGACGCAUACUCGGCAUCUCAACUAUUAGAACAAUUGAGUGCCACUGUGGUGACUGCAGGCCAUCUCACCAACAAACAGAAGUGUGUUAUUAGCGAAAAGGCAGCGGUGUGUUCCCAUAGGCUCCUCGACGGGGGCGCAGAGUUCAUGCAGCUCACAGACCUCGGUUGCACCAUAAUAAUGGCUAACAAUGACCCAUGAUGCUUUAAUUGUUAUGUUGCUAAGGUUAGAAUAAAAUUUUGUGUAUUUCAACAGACUUCUAGGUACGAUUCGAUUGUUUUUUUUAUUUGUUAUCCGAUGUCUUCAUCAAUUCCAAACCGAUUACUGUUAGUGUUUUUUAAAGUACGGAAAAAACCUGAAAUUGAUAUUUGAGAUUUUGUAAUAUAUAUACAUAAGUAGUUAGUAUAUGUUUGUCCUCGAUAUGAAAACAGUUUUAUCACAGAUCCAUCAAGUUCCAAAACUAACCAAAGCUUGUAUUAUGUUUUGUACUGUGCAAGAAUGUAAGCCCCUAAUUGUUUAUUUUCUGAAGAACAGCUUUAUUGUAUCAAGUUAUUUUUUAUUAUGUGCAUAGUCAAACCAAAUAAGCUAAUAAAUUUAUUUCUAUCGCUUAUAUUAUAUUUUUAAAUAUUGCACAGAAGUACAUUUAUUAUAUAUAGUAGAAGACUAAGUAUUUCAUGGCAAUAGUGAUUCAUUUCAUGUCGAAAUUCAAGUCAAGAAUCACAUUUGACAUGAAAAACAAAAAAUAUAACCUGUAAGAAGUUAGUGCAUUUUGAAAAAUGACUGAUCUAUUUUUAUAUGGAAAAAAAUUAAUUACAGUUUUUCAUACAAAUAAACCAUA